CUGUAGCCAUUCCAGCCCAGCCAACCAACGGCUUGCCGAUAAUGCAGCAAGCGGAGGACGUGGCCAUGGAGGCUGCGGUGCCAGCGCAGGGCGAGUCGGAUGUGCCGACGGCACUUAUCGAGGAGAUGCCUUUCACCGAAGAGGAGCUCGCUACUACAUACAAGGUGCUGGAGGUACUGGCCAAGCGAAAGGAGCUGCUGGAGCAGCGCAACAUGCGUGACAUGCGCAAGAAGCUGGCGCCCGUGUCCGAGUACAUGGAAGGCCGAAAGUUCGGUGGUGUAGGCCGCAAGAAAUACCUGGAAGACAAGGCCAUUCGUGAGGAGAAGCGUGCGCGUCACAACCAACGCAAGAUGCACGACCGCCGCCACAUCAACAGCUCGACGCUGCGUCGCGAGCGCAUCGCCAAGCUCGAGUCACUCCUGCAGCAAGGAAAGGACGAGGCCAAUGCCUUACCCAUGAUUGCAGAUGGUGUGGCUGGUGAGGAUGUAUGUCACUCCACAAAGUCUUUGACGAACGGCCCCGAGCCGGAGCUGCAGAAGCUCUGCACGGACGAUGAGCAGCAUGCUCUCGACGAGAAGGCAGCGGCCGACAAGAAGGAAGCCAGUGCGCUGCUGGGAUUCCGCUCGUGCUAUACGUGCAAGAGUCGAUUCGACAAGAUCCACCACUUCUACGAUCAAUUGUGCCCACGUUGUGCGGACCUUAACUUCUCAAAGCGCUUCCAGACUGCGGAUCUGCGUGGCAAGGUGGCUCUCAUCACUGGCGCCCGUGUGAAGAUUGGGUUCCAGGCUGCUGUAAAGUUGUUGCUGGCGGGAGCGGCAGUCAUCGCUACUACGCGCUUCCCUAAGGACGCAGCCGAACGCUUUGCAAAGCACCCCGAGUACGAGACCUUCAAGGACCGUCUUCAAAUUUUCGGUAUUGACUUCCGUGACUUGGUACACUUGGAGCAGUUUUGCGACUUCGUAAUCAGCCGUUACUCUCGUCUGGAUAUGAUCGUGCACAAUGCAUGCCAGACUGUGCGCCGCCCACCGACGUACUACAAGCCGCUCGUGGAUAAGGAGACAAAGGCUCUUGAGGCGAGUACCAAGGACGUUCAAAUGCUGAUGAACCACCAGCAGGAGUUUGAGUCGCAUGUCAAAUCACUGGCUCUGCCUGCGUCGGAUGCCAAAAAGUCUGUCAACGCAGGUGGCAACGUUGUUAUGUCCUCUGCGUUGAAGUCACAGGUGCCAAUGAUUGCUGGUGAAGACCACCCUGACGAUCACGCCGAGGCAUUCCCCGAGGGAAUGGUGGACGUGAACGGACAGCAGGUGGAUCUCCGCUCGCACAACUCGUGGCUGUUGCGUAUGGGCGAGGUCGCCACCCCCGAAGUGGCGGAGGUAUUCGCUAUCAACACCCUGGCACCGUUCAUCAUGAACAACCGCCUGGUGCCGCUGCUGGAGAAGAGCGGCAAGAGCGAAAAGAAGUUCAUUGUGAACGUGAGUGCCAUGGAGGGCAAGUUCUAUCGCUACAAAACGCCGAACCACCCGCACACGAACAUGGCCAAAGCUGCUCUUAACAUGAUGACGCGUACCUGCGCCGAAGAUUUGAGCAAGCGGAGCAUUUACAUGACCAGCGUUGAUACUGGUUGGAUCAACGACGAGAAUCCGCUGGCGAAGGCCCACGCUCACGCGCAGGCACACAAUUUCCAGACGCCUAUCGACGAGAUCGAUGCCGCCGCUCGCGUGCUGGACCCCAUUUUCGUCGGCUACACGUCGGACAAGCCGGUCUUCGGCAAGUUCCUCAAGGACUUUCACGAGACCGAGUGGUAGACGAGCUCUUAAGCGCAGAGUACAUAGAUACAUUCACAUUCCACGUCAAGCAACGUCAUCGCUUUUUGUGUUGAAGUUUGCCUUCUUGCUGUGCUCUGAUUGGUCGAAAGGUUGAAUGUAAAAAGUCACAUUCAGAUCCC